AAGGCACCGGCCUGGGGUCUGGGGACUUCAAAAUAAAGCAGCCGGAAGUGGGGGACAGAACCAUUUCUUCCCCUCCAGGGGCCCCGGACUCUCCCUGGGGGCCUGCCUCAUGCCCCUCAACCUCUUUCCCCCUUCUCUGUCCCACUGGGGAGGAGCCCCUUGCACACCCCCUCCCCUGCCCCACACACCGCCCCUGUUUAACUUUUGUAAACGGUGGGAAAUAAAGCAGGUGCGACCCGGCAGCGGGGCUGGUGGAGUCUGACUUGGGGGACAGGGCGGGACAGGGUGGGGAUGGAGACCUCCCACUGGAGAAGGGAGUCCAGAAGGUUCUAAAUGUCACUGGCAGUUCCCUGGGAGGCCUCACUCACUCCCAGCCCUUCACAGCCCUCAUUUUAAGUUUAGUCUUUAGGUCUGGCCUAACUCCUGCAAGCUGGAUCCCCCGCUCUCUGGCCCAGGCUCAUUUCUGCUGUGGGUUCCCUAGAGCCGGACGGAUGGCAGUGGUUGAGGCCUGGGACCAUCAGCAAGUCACCCUCGGGUGCCCUGGGACACAGCACCCUUUGUUCAGGCCCAUCCCCACCCCCUCAGUCCCAGGCUCUGGCCUGGAUUAGCCUUAUCCAGGGGAAAGCCACGGAGGCCCCUCCUGGAAUGUGGCCUGGGGGCGGAGGGCGGGCGGAGGAGUUGAGGUGAUUAGGGCUGGUGGGGUCUCUCCAGGGCAGGGCUGUGCCCUUUGUACCACUCGGACCCCCCAGGGCAGGGCUGUCUGUGUUCUCUGCCGGAAGCUCCAGGCGGUGAAGGGGCCCCCCUAUCUCUAGCUCUCCCUGGAUGGGCCUGGGACGGGGAGCCCCACCACGCGGCCCAGCCUGGCCCUGUGCUGCGGUGGCUGCCUGGCCCUUCUCCCCUCCCAGCGGAAAGCCUCUUAGAGGGGAUGGGGGUGGGGAACACUAAGCCCCAGGCUUGGGGGAGCGAGCUGUUGAGUGGCUGAUCUGCGGAAGCCUGGGAGUCUUCAGCUGCGGCCCCCAUCGGGCUAGGCUUUCACAGGGGAGCCAGUGGGGCGGCCCCUCCCUGCAGGCCUCAGGAGAUGCGAGGCUGGACACCCAAACCCACGGGACAGCUCAGGUAAGUGUGCAGCGACGGCUGUCAGGGACCACCUCUUGUCCUGGACCUCAGGUGGCUGCAGCUGUGGUGACCAAGCCAGAACUUGGUCCUGGGGGGGCAGGGGCAGAGUCCCACAGGGCCCUUGGCAUUGCCCAAGGCCAGGCGGGAGACCCCAGCGCAGAGGAGUUGCAGGAGGGAGGGAGGCUCCAGCUGUGGGCUGGUCUAUCCUGCCUGUGAGGCCCCCCUCCUGGUCUGUUAUGGGGGCAAUAGGGGUGCUGUGUGAACCCCUGGGUGGAGCUCUGGAAAUGUGGAGGUGUUGGGGGCUGCUAAGGGUUUGGAGGGCAGAGGGUCUCUCUCCCAGUGCCCCCUCAAAGGUCUGCAUCUGUCCAGUGGAGCCAGAGAUCUGACCCUCCCCACACCAAGAUCCCCAGCUGGUCUGGGGUGUUCAGUCACCCACCUUACAGGUGGGAAAACUGAGGCUCAGCAAGGGGAGGGGAGCUGCCCAAGUCACGGAGCAAAUCCAUGGCUAAGCUGGGAUGAAUUGGAACUCAGCUCCCUUGGCUUCUGGGACGAGGCUAACAUUGUUACAACAUGUUUUGGUUUUCCUUUCAUAAUUUUCUAAAUGACAAUAGACAUUCCUGCUCACCGAGAAAAAUCAGGUGCCAAAAAUCAAGGCCAAGGAGGAAAACGAACUCCACCCAUUUUGCCACUGGCACUUGUCUCCCCCUCCACCCCACUCCUUGUUUGUUCCGUUACCCUGAGACCCUCACAUGUACACCUUGGGGACAUUGCCGGUGCCCACACAUGCCUCUGGUCACACACUGGCUGUCGGCUUUCCCACUCAUCCGAACCCCCUCUCCUGACACUACUAGGUCCUGAGGGGCAAGGAGUAUCCUCCAGAGGGAGUCUUCCUGAAGUUAAGACUCAGGUGGGAACGACUCUAUUACCCACCCCUCAUCCUUCACGCCCCUUGGAGGAGGGGAGAUUCGGGGUGAGGUCCUACCUCGGUUUCCCCUCCUGGCUCCAUUCCCCGAGCAGGGCUCCCGUGGGUAGCCCUGUGCCUCAGUUUCCCCACACCGGGGUCUCCAUCCCCCUUUCUUGUCUGGGCUACAGACCCUCGCCGCUUCCUCUUGUCCCCUCUCCUCCAGCAGAGGCGGUGACGAUGGGCACUAGAGGCCCCCGGCGGGGCCCUGGCCCCCCAGACGGCGGCUGGGGCUGGGCCGUGCUGGGCGCCUGCUUCGUGGUCACCGGUUUCGCCUAUGGCUUCCCCAAGGCCGUGAGCGUCUUCUUCCGCGCGCUUAUGCGCGACUUCGGCGCGGGUUACAGCGACACGGCCUGGGUAUCCUCCAUCAUGCUCGCCAUGCUCUACGGGACAGGCCCGGUGUCCAGCAUCCUCGUGACCCGCUUUGGCUGUCGCCCGGUGAUGCUGGUGGGUGGACUGUUGGCCUCGGCCGGCAUGGUCCUAGCAUCCUUUGCCACGCGCCUCCUGGAGCUAUACCUGACAGCUGGGGUGCUCACAGGCCUGGGCCUGGCCCUCAACUUCCAGCCGUCGCUCAUCAUGCUGGGGUUGUAUUUCGAGCGGCGGCGGCCUCUGGCCAACGGGCUGGCGGCGGCCGGCAGCCCAGUGUUCCUGUCGGCGCUGUCGCCGCUCGGCCAGCAGCUGCUCGAGCACUUCGGCUGGCGCGGCGGCUUCCUGCUGCUCGGCGGCCUCCUGCUGCAUUGCUGCGCGUGCGGCGCCGUCAUGCGGCCGCCACCCGGGCCGCGGCCGCGCAGGAACAGCGCGGGCGACGCUCCCGGGGAGGCGGAGGCGGACAGUGCGGGACUGCGCUUGCGCGAGGCGCCCUCUGGUGGCCGGACCCGCCGGCGCCUGCUGGACGUGACCGUGUGCACCGACCGCGCCUUCGCGGUGUACGCCGUCACCAAGUUCCUGAUGGCGCUCGGGCUCUUCGUGCCCGCCAUCCUGUUGGUGAACUACGCCAAGGACGCGGGCGUGCCUGACUCCGAGGCUGCCUUCCUGCUCUCCAUCGUGGGCUUCGUAGACAUCGUGGCGCGGCCGGCGUGCGGCGCCCUGGCCGGCCUGGCGCGCCUGCGGCCGCAUGUCGCCUACCUCUUCAGCCUGGCCCUGAUGGCCAACGGGCUCACGGACCUGAGCAGCGCGCGCGCGCGCACCUACGGCGCCCUUGUCUCCUUCUGCGUCGCCUUCGGCCUCUCCUAUGGCAUGGUGGGCGCCCUGCAGUUCGAGGUGCUCAUGGCGGCUGUGGGUGCGGCCCGAUUCCCCAGUGCGCUGGGUCUCGUGCUACUCCUCGAGGCUGUGGCUGUGCUCAUCGGACCGCCCUCUGCCGGCCGCCUGGUGGACGCACUGAAGAACUACGAGAUCAUCUUCUACCUGGCAGGCUCUGAGGUGGCCCUGGCCGGGGUCUUCAUGGCUGUCGCCACCAAGUGUUGCCUGCGCCACUCUCAGGACGCCACGCCCAGCCCAGGCACCAAGGGCGGGGCCAGUGACACGGAGGAUGCUGAGGCCGAAGUGGACUCUGAGCCCCUGCCUACCAGCGCCGAGGAGCCCGGUGGCCUCGAAGCCCUGGCGGUGCCGAGCCCAGGGACUGGGCCCUCGGAACCCAAGAUGGAGGCAGAGCCGGGACUAGACUCCGAGUCUGUGUAGCACGGGGGCACUAGGUGGGGUGGCCAGGGACUUCAGGAAUGGGGCUUCCCCUCUCAGAGCCCCGGCUGUCCCCACAGGACCUGGCACACGGGAGGCUGCUCCGGUGGUCACCGCCAGGGUCCAUGCAGGGAGCUGCCCCCCUCAUCUGCCCACUGGCCCUGGGACGGCAGGGUGUGGGCCUGUGUCGAUCUUAAGUCCAUAAAGCUGAGCUGAAAGAGCUUCUGUUCCUGCGCCUCUGGCUGCUACCUGGGGGAUGGGUUAGCAGGGAGUCUGAGAGGCUCCCCCUGGGGCCCUCCGACCCCCCACCCCGUGGGUGUUGGGGAGGAAGUGGCAGAGGUGGAGGACGGCAGGGGAAAGUGUCCCAGCUCCAGCCCCGCUGCUCGGAGCUGUACACUGAAGCCCUCGCCGGCAGCACCUGCCGCUGGAGCAGCCCAGAGCAGAGAAAGAGCACAGGUCCGAGUGGUGGGCUGGGGCUGGAUCCUGGCCCCGAGCCCCGGGCUCCUCUCGCACACUGGAGGUGGAGAGUACCUGACUCUAUGACUCCAUCCUGUGGACAGCAGGGGGGUGGCGGAGGGGAGACCGGCACCUGCCCUGCCCCCUCACCUUCCUAAGAGGGACCCUCCUCCAGCCCGGCUCUGGGUCUCCUCUCUCUAGGGGAUAAACUCGGGUGUCCUGGGACCUUUGCUCUGGACACGUGUCCCUACGGACGCCACUGCGGACCCUGGCAUCUGCUCCCCCGCCCGCCAGUGGAGUCCCAGGGGUAGCUCCUCAAUGGCACUUUGAGUCAAGUGCAGGGAGCUCCAGGUCUCACCCUGGCUGGAAGGUUUAGGGAUCUGUUUAAGUAUUCAUUCUCUUCCCACAAACUAGACACCCCUUUCCUUGCCUCCCUCCCUCCAAAUCACCAGCUUGGUGACCCGGGCCCAGUGGAGGAAGCAGCCUUCCCACCGCAGACCCUGACUCCAUUCAUCCGUACUCCUCAGGGGAGCCCAUUCCACUGGUGACCCCCUCCCCACUAGUCUCAUUUUCCAUCCAUGCCCCAGGAAGGUGUGGGGAGCCCCUGCAGAUGCCCGGCCAACUUA